CCUAUCCCCUGUUCCAUGCUAGAGAAUUCUUUGGGUCCCUUCCCAUUGUUUCUUCAGCAGAUCCAAUCUGAUACAGCUCAAAACUACACCAUAUACUAUUCCAUCAGAGGCCCAGGAGUUGAUAGAGAACCUCUAAACUUGUUUUAUGUGGAAAGAGAUACUGGAAACCUGUUUUGCACUGGUCCCGUGGAUCGUGAGCAGUAUGAGUCCUUUGAGCUGACUGCAUUUGCAACAACUCCAGAUGGGUAUACCCCAGAGUAUCCACUGACCCUCAUCAUUAAGGUAGAGGAUGAGAAUGAUAACUACCCGGUUUUUACAAAGACACUAUACAGUUUCACGGUUUUGGAAAACAGUGCAGUUGGUUCUGUCGUGGGGGAGGUCUGUGCGACUGACAACGAUGAGCCUGAUACAAUGCACACUCGACUGAGGUACUCCAUCCGGGAGCAGUGGCCUUCCCCACCCACCUUAUUUAGUAUGCAUCCCACUACUGGUGUGAUCACAACCACGUCAUCCCAGCUGGACAGAGAGCUAAUUGACAAAUACCAGUUGAAAAUAAAAGUACAGGAUAUGGAUGGCCAGUAUUUUGGUUUGCAGACAACAGCAACCUGCAUCAUUACUAUUGGAGAUGUGAAUGACAACUUGCCAACAUUCACUCGCAAUGUCUAUGUGACAUCAGUGGAAGAAAAUACAGUUAAUGUGGAAAUCUUACGUCUUACCGUUCAGGAUAAAGAUUUAGUUAACUCUCCUAAUUGGAGAGCUAAUUACACCAUUUUAAAAGGCAAUGAAAAUGGAAAUUUUAAAAUUGCAACCGAUCCCCAAACCAAUGAAGGCAUUCUGUGUGUGGUUAAGCCUCUGAACUAUGAAGAGCGGCAGCAGGUAGUAGUUAAUGAAGCCCUGUACACGAGAGAGGCUAGUGCAAGGUCACCCAUGAGCACAGCCACAGUGACUGUCACCGUGAAAGAUGUGGACGAGGGCCCCGAGUGUAUCCCUCCAGCACAAACUGUGCGGAUUCAAGAAAAUGUACCAGUUGGUACCAGAAAUGAUGGGUAUAAGGCAUAUGAUCCCGACAACAGAAGCAGCAGUGGUAUAAGGUACAGGAAGUUAAGUGACCCAAGAGGGUGGGUCAGAGUUAAUGAAGACUCAGGAUCAAUCACCAUUUUCCGAACCCUCGAUCGAGAGGCCGAGACUGUCAGAAAUGGCAUCUAUAAUAUUACAGUCCUUGCAUUAGAUGCAGAUGGGAGAAGCUGUACUGGAACUCUGGGAAUCAUACUUGAAGAUGUGAAUGACAAUGGUCCAUUCAUACCCAAGCAGACGGUGGUGAUAUGUAAGGCCACCAUGUCCUCUGCUGAAAUUGUUGCAGUUGAUCCCGAUGAGCCAGUGAAUGGCCCACCAUUUGAUUUUAGUUUGGAGAGUUCUGAUUCGGAAGUACGGAGGAUGUGGAGGCUCACGAGAAUUAAUGAUACAGCUGCUCGUCUUUCCUAUCAGAAUGACCCUUCAUUUGGAUCCUACGUAGUUCCUAUCCGAGUUACAGACAGGCUUGGUCUGUCCUCAGUCACUUCACUGAAUGUCAUUGUUUGUGACUGCAUUACUGAAAGUGACUGCACAGCCCGCUCAGGAGAAAGGACCGGCUAUGCAGACAUGAGACUUGGACCAUGGGCUAUUCUUGCUAUACUGUUGGGCAUAGCCUUGCUGUUUUGUAUACUGUUUACUUUAGUCUGUAGUGUUUCCCAGACAACAAAACAACAGAAAAUUCUUCCUGAUGACUUAGCACAGCAGAACCUAAUUGUAUCAAACACCGAGGCUCCUGGAGAUGACAAAGUUUAUUCCACAAAUGUCUUCACAACCCAAACUGUGGGAGCUUCUGGGCAGGCAGCCUUUGGUGCCGGGGGAGGAGGACUCAAAGGUGGAGGUCAAGAGACCAUUGGGAUGGUGAAAGGAGGGCACCAGACCUUGGAGACCUGUGGGGGGGCUGGCUAUCAUCACCACACCCUGGAUCCCUGCAGAGGAGGACAUGUGGAAGUGGACAACUACAGAUACACUUACUCUGAGUGGCACAAUUUUACUCAGCCCCGACUUGGUGAAAAAGUGCAGUUGUGCCAUGAGAACGACAAUCAAAAUCUCGCUCAAGACUAUGUCCUGUCUUACAACUAUGAAGGUAGAGGCUCAGCUGCUGGCUCUGUGGGUUGCUGUAGUGACCAACAGGAAGAAGAUGGGCUUGAGUUUUUGGACCAUUUGGAGCCUAAAUUUAGGACAUUAGCAGAAAUAUGUGCAAAGAGAUGA